GGCAUGUAUGUUAACUGGUAUCCCCGAAAUGGCAUCUUCAGAGGUGUACUUGGGGUCGUGUUUCCCGUCAUCGGCCGAAUCGAACAAAUCAAAAACAUCCUUGCUUCGAUUCAUGUUUAGGAUCCACCAAUACUUCGGUUUAGAGCGAACAUGUACCGAAACGUUCCUUUUGCCAAGGGAUGAAAUCACUUUGUUCAAGCUUGUUCUGCGUUCUGAUUCAACCCAGGUCUCCCCUUCUCCCGACUUCUGGGCAGAAGUCUGCCGUCACCGUAUCUGCCCUUCACUAGGCGCCCCUGCAGAAUUAACUGCUCUGGCCUUCAAAGUGGAUACCCAGCUUGAAUGCUUUAAUCUAGUCGAUCGCGCACUCUUGGUUUCGCGUAUCGCACAUGAAUGGCAGACCAAUCUGGAGCUCAAGACGAUGGUGCACAAUGCGGCCUAUAUUGUUACUUCUUGGCGUCUGGAUUGGUUCGAGUACUUCAUACUUGUUAUGCUUAUUCGUAUUAAAACCCCGAACAUUACAUUUUUGCUCCGAAACGAUGCGAGUCUUCCACUUUUUCGUUUACGACUUUGCAACAUAGGGAUGCUCGCUCCUUACAGAAAAUGCGCCGUUACUGAUGUUCUGCUGGCUUAUUUGGGUCUAGCAGUAAAUAUCAAGGAUCCCAUUCGCCUGCUCAGAGUUAUCAGCAUACCUAAAAGAGGUCUUGACCGAAGAGCAUUCACAUCGCUACGUCACUUGGCUGUCAAAACAAAUUUGUCAGUCACCCAGGUGGCAAUAUCUUUCACCUGUCAAACAUCAAGCGAUAACAAAGUGGGUUCAAGCGAAGAUUUCCGGGCAUUGGAGCAAUGGAAGCCUGGGCUCCAUCAUUUGGUCGAGUGUCUAACCAAAUGUCAAGAUGCGCUAUCCGGGGUUUCGGACGAUCAAGACCUGGUAAAUAGUGCUUCCGAAGAUCGAAUGGGUUACGAGGAAGCGAUUGCUGCCGUGACCAGAUGUAUCCGUAUCACGGGACGUUUCCUUCGUAAGCCGAUGCUUGGCGCUGGUAAAUGUGAUGGAGAUGAGGUGUAUGACAGGGUUUUUACCAAUGAACGCAUCAGUCAGGCGGUCAGUACUUUGUGUCAUAAACUGACCGAAAUCACUGCGUUGGAUGCGGUCUCAUGCAGUGAGACACCUGGACGAUCCUUACUACGUGGAGGCAGCCUCCGAGGUCGAGCAGCUUCAAAACUUGCCCGCAUGUUUCUGGUGUUCCACGAUGAACCUGUUUCGAUUCUUGACGGCUGUUCUAACCCGUCUUGGAAUAAUGCCACUUCCCCACUACGAUCGCCCUCUCGGCGUCUGUGCGCUAUUCGAACACCAGUUACCGAAGGUCGGGGCGAGCGGAUUCUCCAAAUGUUUGUCUCACCCCAAACCCCGAUCCAAUUGGCCACGUUAACUGAACCUGUAGAAGAGGUAGAGAACUCCGAGGAUGCUUGUUCCUUCCGAACAUCUCGAUUUAAACCGGAUCUCUUUGACAAUGCAACAAUGCCUGAACGUCCCGUCUUUUCUCGUUACCAAACCAACCUGGAUUGGGCAGAUUCCAAGCCUUCUCCUAUGACCAAUUCAUUCCGUUCUUUCUCCAGAAGUCCUCUGCGUGAACUAGACACGCAUUCUCUGCCAGCCUGGUUGUGUGCUCCGCAUUCUGGCGUCCACAGUGCUCCGAGCGAUGGGCACAGCUUGUCUGGUCAAUGUGGGUUGCCCCUUGCUUUCUGAUGCUUUGCUCAGAAGAUAAACCAUGGCACGGACGAGUUUGCUUUUUACAUCGCAUACCUUUCCAAAGCUAGUGGUAGUGCUAUCCACAGUCUACUCGUGCAUCAUCUGGCCCCACCACUCCGCUGAAGGUGAGAAAACCAGCUGAUCGUCACCCGCGUUCUCUCUUUGAUGAAAGCACUCCAAGUGCCGGCUCUUCCGGGACUACUAAAAAUUGCCCUCGCACAUCCUACGUGAACAUCUCUACGAACCUUUCAAAUCGUGGGAAGAGAAUGAAGCUCCCCAAGGCAGACCACAAGCAGCGAAGUUUACUUGACUUUUUCAAGUUGUGAUUCCACCGCGGCGCUUUGUUUUCGACGACUGUCGCUCUCUGCACUGGAGAACUGUGCGAUGUCUUCCAAUACUCUUCUUUGUCCGAGUACAUUUACCCCCUUUAUUCUGCCCUGUCAUGUGAUUUUUGUGCCUUAUCCCCAUGGCUUAUUCGAUAUGUUGUUACUUUUUGAUACUAUAUGUGCGUUUUAUACCGUCAUGUUUUUCAUCAUUUCCACUUAUUUUUAUACAAAUACUGCGUCGAAUUCACUUAAA